GCACAUUCAGAUGAAGACAUUUACAGAAGGCAUCACUAACCAGCUGAUUGGCUGCUACGUGGGCUCUCUGCAAGACUCCGGUUGUGUUCUAGUGCGGCUUUAUGGCAGAAUGACGGAGCUCUAUGUGAAUCGCCAUCGAGAGGUGGAGAUGUUCCAGGUCUUCCAUGCCCAUGGCUGCGGCCCUGCGAUCUACUGCACCUUCCAGAACGGCAUAUGUUAUGAGUUUGUCCAAGGAACUGUGAUGGAAGAUAAGCUACUGCAACAGCCGUCCAUCUACAGAUUGAUCGCAGCCGAGAUGGGAAAAAUCCACUCGAUCCAGCCAAAACGUGGCCGACCCAUGGAGCCUUUGCUCUGGACCAAGAUGUCUCAUUUCCUUACCCUGGUGAAGAGCGGCAUCGCAAGGACCGCCGAUGAGGAGGGGGGCACAAAAAGCUCUGCGGCUCUCCGAGAGAUGCCAAGCUAUGAGACUUUGAUGCUGGAGAUGGAGUCGCUGAAGAUACACCUCUCGCAGACGGACUCGCCGGUCGUCCUCUGCCACAACGAUCUUCUCACUAAAAACAUAAUCUACAACAGUCAAGAGGGGACAGUGAAAUUCAUCGACUACGAGUACGCUGAUUACAACUACCAGGCUUUCGAUAUCGGGAAUCACUUCAAUGAAUUUGCUGGAGUGACUGAUGUCGACUACAGCCUGUAUCCGAGCUGGGAGCUGCAGAGGGACUGGUUGACGGUGUAUCUGGAAAGCUACAAGCACAGCACGGGCCGUGAGGUCACAGUAUCAGACGCAGAAGUCAUGCGGCUCUACAUUCAGGUCUGCAAAUUCUCACUCGCGUCCAACUUCUUCUGGGGUCUUUGGGCCAUCCUGCAGUCCCGUUUCUCCUCUAUUGACUUUGACUUCCAAAGGUAUGCCAUAGCACGACUCAGCUACUACUUUGUGAGGAAAGAAGAAUAUUUUGGAUUAACUCUGGGAGAGUUAACCAAGUAGACUUUUGAAGAAAACAUUGAAAUGAUCGAAUCCAUCACUUUUUUAUAGGCUGCUAUGCUCAAUAAACUGUUGUUGAAAUGCAAAUGUAUGGAACUAGCCUAUAAAAGUGCUCUCCUUGUUUGUUAUUUCAGUCCAUAGGGAGAUUUAAUGUGUUUUGCUAUCACUGUGAUUUACUGAAUAUUUAUUUUACCACAGUCACUAUGCCGAUAAGCCCGUUUGGCAAAUUGAAACAAUGCUCAUGCCAGAAAAGCAUUAAUUGUUCCCACAGCCAAGUUGCAUAAAGCCACAAAAAUUGAGCCUGAUCAUAAAAACCAUAAGAGGGUUAUUUGUGGGCUUAUUGUGAGUGUACCACAGUUCUGACGGAAAACAAGUUUUCACAUCAGCUUAUUCUAAGUUAGAAGUUAUUUAGAAAUCUUUCUGUUUCAUAACAGCAUGCUGUAAAACUGAUGUCUGUAGCUAUUAGAAAGUUUGUAAAAUGAGUUAUUGAACAUUAUUAAAGCGUUCAAACUAGGGGUAACAUCUUAUAAUUCCUUGCUUGAUGAGCUAUAUGACCCCAAGCUGAUAGUUUAACAAAAAGUAAAUAACGCUGAACAUACUGAACACUUUAAA